AUGACACCAACGAAGGUGAUGAAGCAUCGAUCUCAUAAUAAGUUUCACCGUUCCAUGGAAUGUAAAUCUCUUAUGGUUGAACUUGGACAAUCAGGGUUGAAACCUAGUAUGGUUAAAAAGGCUAUUAAUGCAAUGAAAACCUCAAAUGAAGCCGAUGUUACUUCAAAGCAAUGUGCUGAUGUCUUAUCCGAGCAACGAAAACAACAUAAAGGAAAAGAGUUUUAUGGACUUAUAAAACAUUUUCAAGAUAAAACAUUAGUUGAUAAUGACCAGUAUUUUUUCGUGGAUUUGUGCGAUGAUGGGUGUCCUAAAAACAUUUUCUGGGCUGAUGGAAGAUCACGAGAUGCCUAUACAAAGUUUGGAGAUGUUGUUUUCUUUGAUGUCACUUAUAUGACAAACAAAUUCAAGAUGCCUUUUGCUCCCUUUACUGGGGUGAAUCAUCAUGGACAGUCUAUACUUUUUGGUGGAGCAUUACUAGAAAAUGAAAAGGAGGAAACAUUUGAAUGGUUAUUUGAGCAUUUCCUCAAAUGUAUGUUUAACAAAUAUCCAAAAGCAAUUAUUACUGAUCAAGACAAAGCUAUGGGAAAUUCAAUAAAAAGAGUUUUUCCAAACACUCGUCAUCGUUUUUGUGAAUGGCAUAUCAAGAAGCAUGAACCGGAACACCUCCGCCCUUAUGUUUCCCGUUAUAGUGAUUUUCAAAAAUCAUAUAGAGAAUGGGUAAAUAGUGAAACCAUUGAAGAAUUUGAAGCCACGUGGGAAGUUAUACGUUGCAAAUACAAACUAGAAAGUAAUUGUUGGAUAAGUGGCAUGUAUAAUCAACGGAUGCAUUGGGUUAAUGCUUACUUUAAGGAUAUUUUUUUGGCUGGUAUGUCCAUAACUGGACGAAGUGAGAGUAUUAAUUCAUUUUUUGAUGGAUUUGUUAACUCAAGUACUAUGUUGAAUGAAUUUGUAGUACAAUAUGACAAAGCAGUUGUGUCACGAAGGGCGGCCGAAGAAGAUGAAGAUUUCAAGACUAUGAAUUCGAGGCCGGUUCUGUCCUCAGUACAUCCAAUUGAAGCAAAAGCAGGUGAGUGUUAUACCCGAAAGAUUUUUGAUAUUUUUAAAAAAGAAUGGAUAGAAGAUAAUAAUAAUUUAACUCACGAGACACUAAGCAAAAGUACAGAAGAAAGCAAAUAUCAAGUUGGACGACUAGAUGUUGAUAAAACGUAUUGGCGUAUUGUUACUUUUCGUUAUUUGAAUCAAGUCAGCAUCACAUGUUCGUGUGCUAAGUAUGAGACACAUGGAAUUUUAUGCAAGCAUAGUCUGUAUGUGAUGAAGAAGAGGCAUGUUCAAACACUCCCUAAUCAUUAUAUUUUACCUCGGUGGACCCUUAAUGCUAGGUACAAGGUAGGUAAUGUUAGCAUCAGACUCGGAGAUAUGAAUACUGAAAAUGAAGUUAGUACUUUCACAUUAUGGUGUGUCCGUUCAAAUUUUAAUAAACUAAUUGAACAAGCAAGAGACUCCCCUUCGGAGAUACAGAAACUUAAUACGUUAUUGAUAAGUCUUUUAGAGGAUCAAGUAGUACGAAAGAAAUCUAUAUCUUUUGAGAAUGCAUCUCAAGGUUCUUGUAUGGGAAUUUCUCAAGUAGAUAUGAUGCCACAGUUAUUUAUCCGUGAUCCUCUUGGUCCAACUACUACAAAAGGGCGUCCUAAAGUUGCUAGUAGAAUCAAGUCUCCUUUAGAAGCCCCCAAAAGGCGAACGUGCUCUUACUGUCAAGGAUUGGGUCAUUACGCUAGUAGUUGUUCAAAAAGAAAGGCAGAUGAAUCGAUACAUGAGAAAGAAAAAUGA